ACGUUUUCGAAAAUUCAAACAAAAUUUUAAAUUAAAAGCAGAGUUACUCAGUAUUUGAUUGAAGGGAGAGAGAAGCAAAUAGUCGUGUUUUCGAAAGUUUCGGCGGGACUCAUACUCAUAGUGAUACUCCUGCUAAACUGGAAUUCCAAAACCACAGAUCCAGAAAGUAAGAAGUUUCCAAAUCAAUAAUGGGGGAUUCAGAUGAAGAACUUGAACCUUUGUUCGAUUAUAGCCGAGUUCAACCCUGUUUUUUCGUCGACCUUGAAGAUGAUUCCGAUUCUUCCCCUCGGGUUUCGCCGAAGCGGCAGAAAGUUUCCAAAACUGGGAAAAAUAAGGAAGAGAGCAAUACUGUUAACGGGAAAUCAAUUCAAGUAAUUGAUUGCGAGGGAGAAGAUGAGGAAAAGGAGAAUUGGUUGCCACCGCCUCCGAAGUAUGUAGCAUCUUCAAAGCCCCGUGAGGAUCCCACUAUUAAACAAUUGAAGUUACACGAGCUGGAACUGGAGUCAUUUGUUAAGUCAACUCAACAAGCACUACGAGCUGCAGAAGAAGUUGGAAAGAAAUCAUUUUCUGCACAGGAAACUACUGAGACAGUAUUAAACCCUGCAGCAGAUCGAACCAAGAUAGUCAUAUCGAUUCAAGACAAGGCCGGAACCAAGCAAUAUCGUAUAUUUGCGGAUGACAGAUUUGAGCAGCUGUUCAUAAAGUAUGCACGAAAGCAAAAUAUUGAUGUACAAGACCUAGUAUUUACUUUCGACGGUGACAAAAUCAAUCCAGCGUCAACGCCUCAGACCCUUGAGAUGGAAGACGAUGACCUUAUUGAAGUGCAUGUCAAGUCUAGCUAACAACAUGUCAACUUUUAUACUUCUAUGUGUAGAGGAAAACUUAUUAGAUUUUUUUGCAUGUCCUUCUCCUUGUCCAUUCAAUGUCUUAGCAAUGCUAUUGCUAAUUCGUAUGAAAACGGACACAUGUUAAUACCAUGAUAUUGGUACUAAAAAUGACCGUCUCUUUAAGUAAUGGAAAUUGUGAUAACAAAAUGUAGCUAUGUAAUUUGAUCUUUGUUACAAUUUUGACUUGGAAAAUGUAACUUGACAUGUAAUCCGUUA